AUGCCCCCCAAGUCUCUUGGCAGCCUGUCCCAGACGGGCGGCGGGAACCAGAGCGGUUUCUUUCCCGGGCUCUCGGACAGCGAUUUGCUGCCCGCCCCCGAGGGAACCACCGCCGAGUUCGCGGUCCGCUGUGUGAUCCCGUCGCUCUAUCUGUUCAUCAUCUCGGUGGGCUUGCUGGGCAACAUCAUGCUGGUGAAGAUCUUCAUCACCAACAGCGCCCUGAGGAGCGCCCCCAAUAUCUUCAUCUCCAACCUGGCCGCUGGGGACGUGCUGCUGCUGCUCACCUGCGUCCCGGUGGACGCCUCGCGCUACUUCUUUGAAGAGUGGGUCUUCGGGGAAGUGGGCUGCAAACUGAUCCCCGUCAUCCAGCUCACCUCCGUCGGGGUGUCGGUGUUCACUCUCACUGCCCUCAGCGCCGACAGGUACAGAGCCAUCGUAAACCCUAUGGACGUCCAGACCUCGGGGGCGCUGCUGUGGACCUGCACGAAGGCUGUGGGUAUCUGGGUGGUCUCUGUGCUGCUGGCUGUUCCGGAAGCGGUGUUUUCCGAAGUGGUGCAAAUUGAUAGCUUGGAUAACGGCAGCUUUACGGCGUGCAUACCCUACCCUCAGACUGAUGAAUUACAUCCAAAAAUUCAUUCAGUGCUCAUCUUCUUGGUUUAUUUCCUCAUACCCCUUGCAGUUAUUAGCAUUUAUUAUUAUCAUAUUGCAAAAACCUUAAUUAAAAGUGCACAUAAUCUUCCUGGAGAAUACAAUGAACAUACCAAAAAACAGAUGGAAACUCGGAAACGCCUGGCGAAAAUUGUCCUCGUCUUUGUGGGCUGCUUUGUUUUCUGUUGGUUUCCAAAUCACGUCCUCUACAUGUAUAGGUCUUUCAACUACAACAAGAUUGACCCAUCUCUAGGCCACAUGAUUGUCACCUUAGUUGCCCGAAUUCUGAGCUUUUGCAAUUCUUGCGUGAAUCCAUUUGCUCUUUAUUUACUCAGUGAAAGCUUCAGGAGGCAUUUCAAUAGCCAGCUCUGUUGUAGGAGGAAGUCCUAUCCAGAGAGAUCAGCCAGCUACUUAGUCAGCUCUUCUGCAGUGCGGAUGACAUCUCUGAAAAGCAGUGCUAAGAACGUGGUGACCAAUUCUAUUUUGCUAAAUGGGCACAGCAUGAAGCAGGAAAUGGCACUGUAA